AUGCAUCCUGACAAGUCGCCAGGCCCUGAUGGCAUGACACCAGGAUUUUACCAACGCUGUUGGAGCAUUGUAGGAUCUGAUAUUAUUAAUCUUGUUAGGAGUUUCAUGAGAACUGGAGAUUUGCCUCAAGGUCUAAACGACACUAAUCUGGUUCUUAUACCAAAAGUAAAGAGCCCAUCUUCUAUGAAUGAGCUUAGACCGAUCUCCCUUUGUAAUGUCGUGUACAAGAUUAUAUCUAAAGUAAUUGCAAAUCGCCUCAAAGAAGUUCUGCCACAACUCAUAUCAACCAAUCAAAGUGCUUUUGUCCCGGGGAGGUUGAUUACAGAUAACAUCAUGAUUUCUUAUGAGGUAAUGCAUUACUUGAAGAGAAAGAGAAGAGGUAAAGAAGGCUUUAUGGCUCUAAGCCUUGACUUUAGUAAAGCCUACGACUGUGUAGAGUGGCAAUUUCUGAAGGAUAUGAUGUGUAGGAUGGGGUUUGAUCAUCAUUGGAUACAUCUAAUUCUUAGUUGUGUCUCCUCUGUCCGAUACAAGAUUGUUUAUAGUGGUAGGGAGAUGGGCCCUAUAGUGCCUUCUCGAGGUAUACGCCAAGGUGAUCCGUUGUCUUCUUACUUAUUCCUUAUAUGUGCUGAAGGUUUCUCAGCUUUAAUCAAAAGCUUUGAAAGUGCCGGUUACAUUAGGGAAUGUAGAGUUGCAAAUGGUGCCCCAGUUAUCUCUCAUAUGCUAUUCGCAGAUGAUAGUUACAUCUAUUGUCGUGCAAACGAGAGAGAAGCCUCAAAUGUGAUUCGGUUAUCGAAGAUGUUUGAAGAGGCCUCUGGACAAAUUGUGAAUUUCAACAAGUCUUCUAUCUUCUAUAGCAGCAACACCAGUAUCGUUACAAAACAAAGAAUUGGCCAUCUUAUGCACAUCAAAGAAGCUGAUGGAACUAGUCUGUACUUGGGACUACCAUCUCUAGUUGGAAGAAACAAGAAGGCUAUUUUGGGUUUUAUAAAAGAUAAGCUGCAAAAAAGAAUUCAACACUGGGAAGGUAGAUUUCUGUCGAAGGCUGGCAAAGAAACAUUGCUAAAAACAGUUGCACAAGCUUUCCCAAGCUAUGCAAUGUCAGUUUUUUUGUUACCUUUAGAAACCUGUCGAAGUUUGGAAGGAGUAAUGAGUUCUUUUUGGUGGAAAUCUUCCAAGGAUAAACAUGGUGUUAGUUGGCAUAGCUGGAAGAAAUUGUGCAAACACAAAGCCGUUGGAGGUUUGGGUUUUAGAGACUUUAGAGAGUACAAUCUAGCUUUAUUGGGCAAACAAGCGUGGAGACUAUUGACUGAGACUGACUCCCUGGUUUGCAAAAUCUACAAAGCAAGGUAUUUCCCUGAUGAUACUUUUCUAAAUGCUUCUCUUGGUCAUAAUCCAUCAUUCAUUUGGAAAAGCAUUUUCGAUUCCAAGGCUCUCAUUGUUGCGGAUGCAAGAAUUAGUAUUGGUAAUGGUUUAAAAACCAAUAUUACUAAUACUCCUUGGCUUCCUGAUAUGCAUCAUCCCUAUGUAACUACUUCCCACCCCACCUUAGAUGUCAACCAUGUCUCAAGUCUGAUGCAAAUUGACAAUUUAAGCUGGGAUGUUGAUGUUGUUAAUGACCUCUUCAAUGAACGCGACUGUGCAAUUAUCUUAGGCAUUCCACUCCCUCAAACUAAUAAGGAAGAUUAUUGGAGUUGGAAAUUUGAAAAUUCUGGUUAUUACUCAGUUAAGAGUGCGUAUAGAUACUUGAAUUAUAAUGAUCAAGACUCUCUCUUAGCUGGAGAUUUUUGGAAGUCUUACUGGAAAAUAAAGGUUCCCCCGAAAAACUUCAUUUUGGUUGGAGAUCUCUCUCGGACAGCCUUCCUACUCGUGCACAAUUACAAACAAGACAUGUUUUUGUCAAUAAUUCCUGCCCAGUCUCAACUUCCUCAAGUUUUAGAGACUGGUUUACUGCUGUUACAAACAGCAGCACUUCUAACUCGACAACUAAAGUCCUCAUGGUUGCUUGGCAAAUUUAGAGUUCCAGGAAUGAUGUGUUGUGGAAAGGAAGAGUUAAGACAGCUGCCAAUGUUGUUCUUGAAGCAAAAUCUUACCUUAAUCAAUGGUUACAUGCUCAGAAAAAACCGAUCAGCUUCCAUCCUUACUGAUACUAGUCAAGGUAUGGAAAUUGAGCAUUGGACUAAACCCGUUAUUGAUACGAUUAAGGUUAAUGUGGAUGGAGCGAUAUUUGCAAAUCUAAACUCUUAUGGAGUUGGUUUCAUAGCAAGAAAUAGUGAUGGCCGAAUCCUUGAAGCUGGUUCCAAGUUGAGUUUUGGCAAUGUCUCUCCUGAAAUUGCUGAAAUCUGUGGAAUCAAGGAGGCUUUAAGUUGGAUAAAGAGCAACAAUUGGCAUAAUGUAUCCCUUGAAACCGACUCUUUGUUGGCUGUUCAAGGUAUAAGCAGCACUGCACAAAUGCCAUCCACUUUCGGGAUGGUUGCUUGGGAUUGUAAGAGACUCUUGUCUGAGUUGACUUCUAUUUCUUUAAAGUUUGUAAAGCGUACUGCUAACAAGGCCGCGCAUUUUCUGGCGCGUAGUGCUUGUUAUUCCCCAGUUCGCAUAUUUUCUCAUGAUAACUCCCCUUAUGAGUUGUUAAGCAUUGUAAUGGCUGAUUCACUUUAUUAA